UCUUAAUAUUUCCCCCUAACAUUACAUUUCAUUAUCUCUCUUAUCAUAUUUAAAAAAGAAAAAGAAAAAGAAAAAGAAAAAGAAAAUAAAAUAGACGACAUUUCUAAUCUCAAUGUCGACAGAAAUGAGGCUCCAGCGUCAGCUGGAGCAUAACAAGAAGCUACGUGAGCAAUAUGAACGUGAACGUAUCUCUGUAUCCCAGGCAAGCAUCCUGCUUAUUCAAUACUGUCAAGCAAGGAGAGACAUGUUCAUUCCCACCGUUUGGGGUGAAGUGGAUAAGAAGGAGGAUCCUUUUGAGACCCAGGCCACUGGAUGUGGCUGUAAUAUCAUGUAAAAUAGCUUCUUUUUUUUUAUAUACAUAUAUAUCAAGGAAUAAUAAUCAUC